AGCCACAGCGAUCCGGCAGGUGCCAGCGCAGGCGUGUAGCUGGGCAGCGCCUGAGGUGGGCAGAGCCGUAGCCGGCCAUGGAGAAGUACGAGAAGCUCGCCAAGAUCGGGGAAGGCUCUUACGGGGUCGUGUUCAAGUGCAGAAACAAAACCUCGGGCCAGGUGGUCGCCAUUAAGAAAUUCGUGGAGUCUGAAGACGAUCCCGUAGUGAAGAAGAUCGCCCUCCGGGAGAUCCGCCUGCUGAAGCAACUGAAACACCCCAACCUGGUGAACCUGAUCGAGGUGUUCCGGAGGAAAAGGAAGAUGCACUUGGUGUUCGAGUACUGUGACCACACACUCUUAAACGAGCUGGAGAGAAACCCAAACGGGGUCCCCGACAGCGUGAUGCGGAGCGUGCUGUGGCAAACUCUCCAGGCUCUCCACUUCUGUCACAGACACAACUGUAUUCACAGAGAUGUGAAGCCAGAGAACAUCCUCAUAACCAAACAAGGCAUCAUCAAGAUCUGUGACUUUGGCUUUGCACGGAUUUUGAUCCCGGGAGACACCUACACCGAGUACGUGGCCACGCGCUGGUACCGGGCACCCGAGCUGCUGGUGGGGGACGCGCAGUACGGCUCCUCCGUGGACGUCUGGGCCACGGGCUGCGUGUGCGCCGAGCUGCUCACGGGCCAGCCGCUCUGGCCGGGCAAGUCCGACGUGGACCAGCUCUACAUGAUCAUCAGGACGCUGGGGAAACUGAUCCCGAGGCAUCAGGCCAUCUUCAGGAGUAACCAGUUUUUCCACGGCGUCAGCAUCCCGGAGCCGGAAGACAUGGAGACUCUCGAGGAAAGGUUCUCGGAUGCUCAUCCCGCAACUCUGAACUUCAUGAAGGCCUGCUUGCGCAUGAACCCGGCCGACAGGCUGCCCUGCGCCCAGCUCCUGGAGAGCCCCUACUUCGACCCCUUCCGCGGGGACCCCCUGAAGAGGAAAGCGCGGCACGAGGGCCGAAGCAGACGGCGCCCCCAGAACCAGCUGCUGCCUCUCAUCCCCGGAAGCCGCCUGUCCCCCGCCCCCGACGGAAGGAAGCAAGUCCUGCAGUUAAAAUUCGACCACCUGCCAAACAUUUAG